UUCGGCAAAAGCACUCAAAGAUACUAAUUUGUCAUAAAAUGUGGGCCUUCUUGGUGCUCACUCUGACCCUUGCCGUUAGAGCAUCAGAAACUACCAACAACACAGCGGUUGAAGAAGAGCCUGUCAUAGCCAGAGGUAAACUGCUGGCCCCCAGUGUGGUCGGAUGAGGCAUAAAGAAAAUGCCCGAGCUCCAUCAUUUUCUCAUGGAGCGAUGGGGUCUGUACCACAACUUGGAGUAUGAUUCAUCGGAGGAGAAGAAUCCCCGCCUGAUAUUCUAUAACGAAAAGGACGAGGUUGUAAAGACUGUUCCCGUGAAGAAAAUGAAGGCCGACGAGAUCAGCAGCCUGUUAGACUCGCUGGGUUUCUACAAGAGGUCCCAGAAAGGGGAAGAGGUGCCAGAGGAGUUCCAGCAUUUCCCCCUGCGCGCCCCCAGGGACGAGCUGUGACGACACCUUGUGGCCAAACUCUGCCGCUGCACCCUGGUCAGAUUAAUGACGUGUGGGGCUCCAAGGCCAAAAAAACAAUAAGGCCAGGCACCAUUCUGAGGACCUGCUGGCCGGGUGCCGUGUGCAGGGUGUUAGUCAGUGCUGUGUCAUUCUGUCAAUAUGCUGAAUUUACAUUUUAAAAAAAAACACCACAAUAAAUGAAUCAAUGGAU